AUGCCUCGUAUCGUGGAUUACUGCACGGCGCCUAUCCAGAAGCGCCGGGUCUCCAUCACUGAUGAGAUGGCCGACGAGGUGCGUGAAAUCCUAGGCCGUGACUUGACGGCCGACGACGUUGCGCGCGAAUUCGACGUCGACACCGACGUGCAGGAGGUCGUCCGCGAGAUGAUCGCCGAAGACGUCGAGGAGGAGCCCUACCCCGGCUGGGCCGCUGGUAUGGGCAUUUCCGAAAAGGACUGGGCCGACCACUACGAAAGUGUCGAAAUGGCCAUGCGAGUCAAGCGCAAGUUCGCGGCUCGCCGGGCCGCCCUCGCUGCUGAGUACGCUAAGAAAAUGGAGAAACUCGAGCAGCAGGAGCGCAAGAUGAUGCCCGUGUGGUCCCCCAAGUCCAAGCUCAUUCGUGAGCUUAACGACCUCAUCUACCGUGGACUCGACAAGGAUGAGGUCUCCCGCCUUGACAAGGCCAUGGACGAGCUCAAGCUUCUGGUUAAGAAGUCUUCGGCUGAACCCCCUCUGUCUCCGGCGGAAAAGGCAACCGUUUCGCUGGUCGAAGUUGUCGAAUCGACAUAG